AUGUCAGCAACCAAUAUAUAUGCUAGUACUGAAAUUAAAGCUGUUGCAUUUGAUUUAGGAGGAGUUGUAUUUUCAGCAGGAAAAGAAGUAGCUAAACAAUCAUGGGAAAGAAGAGGAUAUGAUUCAACAUUGAUUAGACAAUUAUUAAUAUCGGCGGAAUCGAUGCAAUUGCGUACGGGCAAGAUGGACGAUGACACCUUUUGGAAUGUCUUUUUCAAGAAAAAUGUACCAGAUACCUAUGACGUUGAUCUCAUCAAGAAGCUCUGGUACGAUGGUUAUGUAGCAGAUCUCGACAUUCAAAUGGUCAUACAGUCACUACGCGCAAACGGAAUCAAGGUGGUUGCAUUUAGCGGGAAUAUAUCGUCACGUAUUGACUAUCUCGAGAACAAAUACAAUAUCCGUAGGUUCUUUGACGAAGAGGUCUACUCUUUUGACUAUGGGUACACCAAACCAGACGAUAGAUUCGUCGAAGCUCUCAUCCAAAAAGUAUUUCCAAAGGCACCAAAAGACAAAUUGGCAGACUAUGGAAAACACAUCUUUUACAUUGACGACAAUCCCAAAGAUGCUGAACCUGCUCUCAAAUACAAUAUUCCUACCUUUAUCUACCAGCGAGGUAACAUCGAACCACUUAGAAAGAAGUUUGAUGAAUUGGGUAUCAAUGUUCGUGCAUCAUUCAUGUCACUACCAAUCAAAUAA